AUGACGUUAAACGAUGACCAGAUCAAGAAAUCCAAGAAAUUUGCAGUAGGAGACCUUCCUCCCUCUCCCACCACCAGCACAGGCACCAUCAAUACCACCACAACCACUACUAACAAGAGACCCACUCGACAUCAUGUCAAAAGACGCUCCAGCGGUCGAGUCCAUGUCUCGAAGCUAGCUCCCAUGGCAAGAGCCCAUAGCAACAACAACGAUGAUAAUGAAGAAAGAAAGCCUAUGAAGAGAUCACAAUCGAAUAAAUCACUCACCCGUCUAUCAUCUCUGGAGAGAAAGGGCGGAAUGACAAGUUUUACACCUGCUGUUAGCAACAAUACAACUAAGAAUCAAGAGUAUGAUCAACCACCACCAGAAACAGAGCAAGUGGUUGAAGGACAAGAGGAGAAAGUGAUAUCACCCCAUUCUCCUCCUACGACACCACCAUCAACUACAACGACUCCUAUAGACAAAAAACCUACAUUUCACGUUUCACAUACUAUACCAGCAGCACCUAUCGAACAACCUCUUCAUGUCACAGCAGACAAUCUAGUGGUACCUGAUAAGAAAGCGACAGUUCCUAGUAAUAGCACGUUAAAGAAACCGCUGCUGAAGUCUCAAUUUGUGGAGCAUUCCAACAGCAAUGGCAAGAAAGUGUCCAACGUUGCUUCAGCGGCUAUUGCUCAGCAGCCAUCGGGCAUCACUCGCACACAACAGAAAUUACUAUUGCAACGUGAACAAAGCUUAAUCCACGAUGAAAACAACAUUGCCCACCCUAAAAACAUGAUUCGACUCACCAGAGAAAUGGAGAAGAUGGGUAAAGAAUACCGCUGUGUGCGUAAAUACCAAGAUCCAAUGAUGGAGAGCCUGAUACGAUGCCAACAAAUGCUGGAUAAAAAGAAGCAGCCUCCCAAGAAGCCAGUGUUGCAGCAACGCACCUUCUCUACUGCUGUCAUCCCUACCAUCCACAACAACGCCGCUGCCCUCACCACACACGAUAUACCUCACAUGGAGCAACGUAGACAAAUCCUACUGAAAGCUGCUUUGCACCAACAGCAACAGCAGCAGCAACAGCAACAAAAGCAGGAAGACUAUCAUAAUAGAUGGAGUGCCGGCAAUUUCUUAGAGCGUUUAUUUUACGGCACUUCUUAA